AUGACUUAUUUAGUGUCUUUACUGUUAAUAGCUUUAAUUAUUGGACUGGUUGCUGUGGCUUCUAAUCCUGCACCUUAUUUUGCCGCUUUGGGUUUAGUAGUGGCGGCAGGGGUUGGAUGCGGUGUGUUAAUUAGCCAUGGGGGGUCUUUUUUAUCAUUAGUUCUUUUUUUAAUUUACCUAGGAGGAAUGCUUGUAGUGUUUGCCUAUUCGGCAGCUCUGGCUGCUGAGCCUUUUCCGGAGUCUUGGGGUGACCGUUCUGUGCUUGGUUAUGUCUUGGUCUAUUUAGUUGGCGUGGGUCUAGUAAUGGGGGUAUUUUAUGAGGGAUGAUAUGAAGGUUCUUGGAUGGUAAUUGACUCUUUUAAGGAACUUUCCAUGUUGCGGGGGGAUAUUAGUGGUGUGGCUAUAAUAUAUUCUUCUGGAGGGGGUUUGUUAGUAAUUUGUGCGUGGGUGUUGCUUUUAACCCUAUUUGUGGUUUUGGAGCUGACUCGAGGGUUAAGCCGGGGCUCUCUUCGGGCAGUUUAA